AGCAUUCGAAAUCUGCAGAAACAAAUUUCUGAAUUCGAAAUGUACGGGUGUGGGAAAUUCAGCUCGGGGAACAAGUUAUAGGUGGGGGAGACAGGCGGCUGGCUGCCUGUACUGUAAGGAACUGCCAACGCCAGCAUCUGUAGGGCUGCUCUGUAAAGGCUUAGCAAUUUUUUCUGUAGGCUUGCUGCAGUCAGUCUUGAGUUUUUCCAUCUGUAAAAUGGGUGAAUGCAUCCAUACCUGUUACCUCAGUGAGGUGCUUCUCCAGUUGGGGCUUAAUUCCUCAUCGUUAAGAGUUUUCAGGUUUCAGAGCCAGGCUGCAAUCAGGAAAACGUGUCCCAACACGGUCGCGAGGGGUUUGAUCUCGCUCUCGGGCCCACAGCAUGGAGAAGCCUUGCCCAGGCCUGAGGCUUCUCUUUGCAGUUCCAGAAAGCAGGUGACUGGGGCGGAAGGCUCUUUACUAAGCUUUUACAGCUCUUUGCUAAGCUUUUACAGUACCUGCUUGGACUACAGAUGCCAGCAUUGCCCCUGCCCCAAGGCGUGUGAGGAUCACAAAGACGAUGCUGAAAUUUACUAUCAUCCGGCUCCCCUGCUAAUAAGUGGAGGGGUGUUUAAGUACAGUCACCACUCUGUCCUUGUGCUGGUGCAGUUACUGUACGGAAAUAACCCGUCCCUGUACCCACACCAUCCUCAACCUAAAGGAGAGUUGUGAUUUCUUUUAAGACUUUUCUGGAGUCCGUCCCCUCCUGGCUUGCCCGCCCUCUGCCCCUCAAGGCCCUGCCCCCAGCUGGGGGCGCUACCGGCCGCCCGCGGAGCUGCAGCCACAGCAACCUCCUAUAGGCGCAAGGAGAGCGCUAAGAAAGUGAGGACUUUGUGCCUGGACAUGGUUCACAUUUGGGGCCCCAAAUGCCCGCGUGUUGAUGAAACCCGUGAGAUGGAAACAGGGGGUGAGAAACCAGAGAGAGGAAGAGCUAGUGAGGAGACUCCAGCCCCGGAUCCUGGGUCCCAGGGUUAUCCGCGCGCAUCCCAAAAGCUGCGGCUGCGUGCGGCAUCAGGUUAGAUUGUUAGACUCUGCAGGGUCCCCGUCCCAUCCCAUCCCCCAGCCUGACUCCGUUGUGGCCGUAUUUUUACAGAAAUUUCACUAUGUUCCCUUUCUCCCUGGGUCCCCAGCUUGCUCAGCCCUCUCUCCAUCCCCCUGGAGCCCGCCCUUCUCCUCCCCCUAGCCUCUCACUGCCUCCUUGGGUCCCUCCUCCAGUCCCUCCCCAAGAAUCUCCCGGCACAGGCACCCAUUGGUUGUGCGCUGGAAGGAGGCGUGUGCCGGGCCUGGCAAGUUUCAUUGAGCGGAAUUAGCCCGGAUGACGUCAGCUUCCCAGCCCCCCGGCGGGCCCAGCUCAUUGGCGCUGCAGCCCCUCCAGGAUUCUCACAUUGUUCCCCGCCCCCGCCCCGGCCACCGCUGCCGCCGUCGCCGCUGCCACCGGGCUAUAAAACCGGCAGAGCCUGGAAAGGUGCGGAUGCUUAUUAUAGACCGACGCGACACCAGCGCCUAGUGCCAGGUUCUCCGCUGAGGCUUUUAGGAGCGAGCUCCUCAAAACGCAUCCACAGUAAGUGUCCCCGCCCCCAGCAGCCCCAGCCUAAAUCCCAGGGACCGAAGCUUCUCAACUCGGCUGUGACCCAGAAUGCUCCGAUGCCGGGAGUCUGGGUCCCUCCACUGCGGGCCAGUACUCCAGAACGACUUUGCUGUUCCGUCCUUCCCACACUCACCUCUGCAUUCCCCUCGCCAAAAGCGAGAAGUCCGGGCGACCAAAGCUCCUACUGCCCAAGCCCCAGUCAGCUGUUUUCGGGUCCCAGGGAAGGAAACCCCCGUGAAAGCUGCGACGACUAUCCUUCCCCGGGGCCAUGGACUCGGACGCCAGCCUGGUGUCCAGCCGCCCGUCGUCGCCAGAGCCCGAUGACCUUUUUCUGCCGGCCCGGAGUAAGGGCAGCAGCGGCAGCGCCUUCACUGGGGGCACCGUGUCCUCGUCCACGCCGAGCGACUGCCCGCCGGAGCUGAGCGCUGAGCUGCGCGGCGCUAUGGGCUCCGCAGGCGUGCAUCCUGGGGACAAGCUAGGAGGCAGUGGCUUCAAGUCAUCCUCGUCCAGCACCUCGUCGUCCACCUCGUCGGCGGCCGCAUCGUCCACCAAGAAGGACAAGAAGCAAAUGACGGAGCCGGAGCUGCAGCAGCUUCGUCUCAAGAUCAACAGCCGCGAGCGCAAGCGCAUGCACGACCUCAACAUCGCCAUGGACGGCCUGCGCGAGGUCAUGCCUUACGCGCACGGCCCUUCGGUGCGCAAGCUCUCCAAGAUCGCCACGCUGCUGCUGGCGCGCAACUACAUCCUCAUGCUCACCAACUCGCUGGAGGAGAUGAAGCGACUGGUGAGCGAGAUCUACGGGGGCCAUCACGCUGGCUUCCACCCGUCGGCCUGCGGCGGCCUGGCGCACUCCGCUCCCCUGCCCGCUGCCACCGCGCACCCGGCAGCCGCAGCGCAUGCCGCACAUCACCCCGCGGUGCACCACCCCAUCCUGCCGCCCGCCGCCGCCGCGGCUGCUGCGGCCGCUGCCGCAGCGGCAGUGUCCAGCGCCUCUCUGCCCGGCUCCGGGCUGUCGUCUGUCGGCUCCAUACGUCCACCGCACGGCCUGCUCAAGUCUCCGUCUGCCGCCGCCGCCGCCCCUCUGGGAGGCGGGGGCGGCGGCAGCGGGGGCAGCGGGGGCUUCCAGCACUGGGGCGGCAUGCCUUGUCCUUGCAGCAUGUGCCAGGUGCCACCUCCGCACCACCAUGUGUCGGCCAUGGGCGCCGGCAGCCUGCCGCGCCUCACCUCCGAUGCCAAGUGAGCCGACCGGCGCCGGCGCGUUCUGGCGAGAGGGAAGCCCGGGGGGCGCGGGGAAGCGAGGACUGGCCGGUGCUGGGCUCGGGAGCUCUGUCACGGGGAGGGGCGCAGGGCCGUGGACUGGGGGUGGGAGAUGGUGGGGACUCCUGCAUCUGGGAACCCAAGCAAUGGGGGCAUGCACAGAGCAGUGGGGAGUGAGGGGGAUGUUCGCUCCAGGACCUGAUCAAGCCCUCUCUGGCUUUAAUCUGCGCUGGUCCGGUAGACACCGUUUUAUGAAAAGGUACUGCUAUGUGCAUUCCUCACUCGAACUCCGCCCGACCUCCGGGAAAAAGAUUCUAAAAACUGGUUUCCCUGAGAGCCUGGCCGGACUUCCAGACUUGGCCCGGGCCUCACUUCUUGGGGGAGGAGAGCGUAAAGGGAGGGGGACAUGUGGGAACUUGCUCCCCUUCCUACUUUCUUGGCCUGUGGGAGACUCCCGGUAGCCCCCUCGCAGAAGCAACCGCCUGGCCGCGCCCAGCAGGGUCGUCCCUGGCCCAAGGCCAGGGGCUGCAAGUUAGUUAGAAGCCGGCGUUUAGUACCAGAAGCACUUACGGUCAUAUCCAAUCUCAAUAUCUGGGUCAACUCACACCCUCUAAGAACUGUGGCUGCUCCUUCCUGUCUCUCGUUGAUUUGGGAAAAUACGGUUUUCUAAUAAAUGUGUGGAUGUUCUUUCUUCAACAGGAUGAGCACGUUUACAGACAUUCAGAGUAGAGCCACCUGUGGAUUGGAAUAACCCCGAACUGCCGAUUUUAGGGGCGGGUGCAUUUUAGUUAUUUUAAAAUAGAAACUACCCCACCGCCUCAUUUUUCCUUCUCUAAGCACAAAGCGAUUUGGUUAUUUUGAUACCUGAGGACUUAACAGAAUUAAAAGGCAGUUGCUGUGAAAACAGCUUGGGUUAUUUGCGGGUUCUGUUGGCUGUUUAAAAGUUUCUUUCUUGGAUGUGUAAAUGUAUCAGUGCUGAGGUAAGUGCGCGAUGCUAAGCUGUUUGCUCAUGUGACUGCCAGCCCCACCUGAAUCUAAGCCGGCUUUCCUCUAUUUUGGUUUAUUUUUACCACGUUUAACACGAAUGGUAAACUCCUCCACGUCUUCCUGCGUUUGCAAACGGCCUCGGCGCUCCCUGCGUUGCACCCUGGGCUUCGUAGCGUCGCGGUGUAAUAUUCUUUCUCUGAUCGCGCCGCCCCUCGCAGAGAGUGUAUCAUCUGUUUUAUUUUUGUAAAAACAAAGUGCUAAAUAAUAUUUAUUACUUGUUUGGUUGCAAAAACGAAAUAAAUGACUGAGUGUUGAGAUUUUAAAUAAAAUUUAAAGUGAA